AUGAGUAGGUCAAUAAUUGCAUCAAGAAUGAUUCCGUUUCUGUUGCUGCUCGCGCUAUCGUCAGUGUGUGGCGACAACUGCUCGUAUGUCUACGAUGAGCUACACUACGCGAGGACCUCGAUAUUGACAAUCAAGGGUCUGCCGACCAACCUAGCCUACAACCCGAACAGGAAAGACCUGCACUUCACGCUCAUAGACCUGGAGUCGCUCCAAAGCGAGUCAAUGCAGACGAAGAUGGACCAGUACGUACUGAGGGAUGGGGAGCCAAUUAGGAUAGAGGACGUGAACGGGCAGGCGGCGGCGGUAGACGCGAAGAACGACAAGGUAUACAUCGCAAGCGACGACGGCAUUGGGCUGUUGAAUGCCACAGACAAGGUACAGUUCGUAAGUCUGAAGGAUGAGGAUGUCGUUCAGCUAUUCAAACCAUCGAACGUCGACGACUUAUACGCGGUGACUUAUCCGGACAACGAAGUAUUCGCCGUCGACCUCAAACGAAACGAGAAGCGGAAAGUGGAGUUCGUUCCGUGCGCUUACAUAAUAGCCGUGGACGCACAGGGGAACAUAUUUUACGAGUGCGACUCGAAGUACGUGAAGGUGCUGCUGAAGGGCUUCCGGGAGCCGAUCGAGUUUGUGGGCAUCGCGAAGAACUCGGCGAGGGCGCUCGCCGUGGACGAGAGCGACAGGGUGGUGCUGGCGGCGAACGACGGCCUGUACUGGCUGAGGCCGGACAGCGUGAUCCCGAAGAAGCUGAUGAGCUUGGAUUACGUGCCGUCUGGGAUCGCGUUCGACGGUGGCCACAUAUACCUGGCGACUAACGGGAUAAUCUACAAAUACACCAACGAACAGUGCCAA